AUGCAAGAACCAAUUCUAUACAGAAACUUGCUACUCCAACAAAACCCACAAAACCUAAGGAAUCCCAAUCCCAACCACGUUGAAGGAAUCAAAGAAAAUGCAUCAUCACUUUACGAUAUCGGUGAUUUGAAGAACAUGGUUAAGGAUAAUGCAGUGAUUGUGUUUGGCAGAAAAGGUUGCUGCAUGAGCCAUGUAGUCAAGCGUUUGUUACAAGCUUUAGGUGUGAAUCCGGCAGUGUACGAGGUUGAUGAAGUAGACGAGAAUGAAGUUGUCGUUGAGCUCGAGGGGAUUGAUGCCGAGGAUGGGAAAGAGGGUUCGAUUCAGUUUCCGGCGGUGUUCAUCGGAGGCCGGUGGUUUGGAGGGCUGGAGAGGAUCAUGGCUACUCAUAUUACAGGAGAGUUGACUCCUCUAUUGAAGCAAGCUGGCGCCUUAUGGUUAUGA